CCCACCAAACCCUCUCUCUCUCUCUCUCUCAAGCCUUUACUUUCCACUCCUCCUCUGGUUCCUCCUUGUUCUGCUUUCUCUCAAACCAUUCACAAUCACGCAGCUAAAUCAAACAACAUGAGUGGUAUUCUUCAAAUCAUGUCUGUGUUGUUGUUAUUAUUAUGGGCUUGUACUGUUGAUGCUCGAUUUGUGGUGGAGAAGAACAGUAUCAGUGUUCUCUCACCUCACAAGCUGAGGUCCAAGCAUGACGGAGCCAUUGGCAACUUCGGAGUUCCUGACUAUGGAGGUUUCAUCGUUGGCUCUCUUAUCUCCCCUGAUCUUCAACACUCCUAUGCCUGCCAACCCUUCCCUGGUCACAAGCCCUACAAAUCUCAGACCUUUCGCCCCACUAUUCUCCUUCUUGAUCGUGGAGAGUGUUUUUUUGCGUUGAAGGUAUGGCACGCUCAACUCGCCGGAGCCGCCGCAGUUCUAGUCGCAGACAGCAUCGACGAGCCUCUGAUCACCAUGGAUUCCCCCGAGGAGAGUUCCGAUGCCGAUGGCUACAUAGAGAAAAUCAGCAUUCCCUCCGCUCUUAUCGAGAAAUCCUUCGGCGAUUCUUUGAAGGAAGCUCUCAAAAAUGAGGACGACGUUCUUGUAAGGCUCGAUUGGAGAGAAUCAGUGCCUCACCCGGAUAACAGAGUGGAGUAUGAAUUCUGGACGAACAGCAACGACGAGUGUGGGGCCCGAUGUGAUGAACAGAUGAAUUUCGUCAAGAAUUUCAAGGGUCAUGCGCAGAUUCUUGAGAGGGGAGGCUACACAUUGUUCUCUCCUCACUAUAUAACUUGGUAUUGUCCGUCGGCUUUUGUUCAGAGCAGUCAGUGCAAGUCGCAGUGCAUAAACCAUGGCAGGUAUUGCGCGCCCGAUCCAGAAAAGGAUUUUGGAGAGGGUUAUCAAGGAAAAGAUGUGGUGUAUGAGAAUUUGAGGCAACUCUGUGUUCAUAGGGUUGCCAAUGAGAGCAAUCGGUCCUGGGUAUGGUGGGACUUCGUGGCAGAUUUUCAUAUCAGAUGUUCUAUGAAAGAGAAGAGAUACAGUAAACAGUGUGCUGAGGACGUCAUGAAAUCAUUAGAUCUACCAGUCGAGAAAAUUCAGAAAUGUAUGGGCGAUCCUGAGGCUGAUGUGGAUAAUGAAGUGCUAAAGAUAGAGCAACAACUCCAGAUUGGGCGAGGACCUCGUGGUGAUGUCACCAUCUUGCCAACAUUGGUUAUAAAUGAUGUCCAAUAUCGAGGAAAAUUGGAGAGAGUAGCUGUCCUGAAGGCUGUAUGUGCAGGAUUUAAAGAGACUACUGAGCCUGCAGUCUGUUUAACUGGAGAUCUUGAGACUAAUGAGUGUCUUGAAAGGAAUGGAGGAUGUUGGGAGGACAAAUAUGCAAAUGUAACUGCUUGCAAGGAUACCUUCAGGGGAAGAGUUUGUGAAUGCCCCGUUGUAAAAGGUGUUCAUUUUAGGGGUGAUGGUUAUACAUCUUGUGAAGCUUAUGGACCUUUAAGGUGUUCAAUAAAUAAUGGAGGCUGCUGGUCACAGACUAGAAAUGAAAUAACUCACUCAGCUUGCUCAGAAUACAAAAUAGAAGGUUGUCAUUGCCCGAUUGGCUUUCAUGGGGAUGGCAAAAAAUGUGAAGAUAUUGAUGAAUGCAAAGAACGAAGUGCAUGUCAAUGUGAUGGUUGCAGCUGCAAAAACACGUGGGGCGGUUAUGAUUGCAAGUGCAAGCGAGAUCUUGUGUACAUAAAAGAACGAGAUGUUUGUAUUGAAAGAAGUGGAUCAAGAUUUGGACGGUUCCUUGUGUUCUUGCUCCUGGCAGUUGUUUUAGGUGCUGGCAUAGCUGGUUAUAUAUUCUACAAAUACAGGCUCAGGUCUUACAUGGACUCGGAGAUCAUGGCAAUUAUGUCACAAUACAUGCCACUAGACCAGCAGAGUAACGAAGUUCAAAACGAAGCUCAACCUCUGCGACAAUCCUCAGUAUAAGAUGUUCAUCUCUUCUAGAUUGCUUCAUGGAAAACAAUCUCUACUUAUGAUGCCCGCCAAUCCUGUAGAAAAAACAGCCACACGAAUCCAUUUUUACUGAAGAAUCCAAGUGAAACUUGAAUUGUACGGAGCAUUAUAUUGCCAGAAACAUUUAGAACUAUUGAAGAUGGUGCUUCCUUAAAAAAAAAAAAAAAUACUGCUUUAUAAUCACGGGAACUAUAGAAUGCAGAUUUUUUUUCCUUUAUAGGAUUUUUUUAUUUGACUGAGUCAAAUUCAAGCAUUAUUGAGCCUAAUUGGAAGUAGCUCUCUUAAAGACAUUUUCUGCAUCCAUAUAUACUCAAACCUAAAACUGUGUUUAACUGGCUAUGGUUCUUCCCAUUAGAACCAACACUUGUUGGUUCAUAGGACCUUUUCAUAGAAUGUAAAUAGAAAUGUUGAGAUGUAAAUGUAUGUCUGAGUUAUAGAAUGCAUUACGCCUACAAAUUAUAUACAUAUGUUUACAUGUACACAACAUCAUGAGCAACAA